AUGGAAUCUGAAGAGGGCACUUCUUCAUCAGCAAGGGCAUCAAAGAUAACCCCAUUUGGCAGACUUUAUUCUGAAAUGGACAGUGAGCUUAAACCAGCCUCAUCAAGGCUGUUUAAAAAGAAUGAGACAGAUAAUACUAAUGAUAACAGCCUUUUGAGAAGAAGAACAUUAUGGAAUAAACCAAAAACUGCUGGAGACAAAACUUCAGAUGCAGAUCAGUCAAGGCAGUCAAAAAGAACCACUUUCCCUCGUCAGAUGUCUGAAGAUGAUGAAUCUAAAGUUGCCUUGAUCUGUAAAAAUAUUCCCUCAAAUUUCAACAGAGGUGCCAUUCUACAUAAACACUUCAGCCGCUUUGGUAAAAUUGCCCGUAUUAUACCAAAUCCACCUAAACGUUCUGCCAAUGUUCAUUUCAAAGAUCAUGAAUCUGCUUAUAAUGCCAAAUAUGAGGGAACAGUUUUGGCACCAGGUGUACGAAUUCAGAUAUUUUGGCAUGCUGGUACUCGACGAACUUCCACUUCAUACAAAGACUUGGAUGCUGCUCCUUCAGAAAGUGAAGUUAGAAAUCUGUCUUCAACACAAUCAAAAUCCUCCAAAUCAGCAACUGUUCUCAAAAAGCGUUUAUGGUUUAGUAAUGACGUGGAAGAAGAACUACAGCUGAUGGCUGGUACUAAUGACAUCAAAGAAGAACUUGUAAAUACUCUCAACCGACCUGAUGACAUGCCUUUUAUUCUGCCACCUCCUCUUGCUCCUGAAACUACUGCUACUUCGUUGUCUCGGUCGUCAAGAUCUUAUAGUCAUCGUUCUAAAACAGUUUCUGGUGCCCUUCAGUCAUCUUCCACAUCUCCAGAAAAGAAAAUUCCAGUUUCUAUGACUGAAAAGAAGAUGGGUCACAUGGUGCCACCAAAAUCAACUACCAAUCUACCACUACGAAAAACUGAAAGUACUAUAUCAUCUGCUAAACAAAGUGAUGUUGACUCUGCAAAAGUUAGUAUUGCUGCUGCUCAUGUAAAGCUUCUUGAUCUCUAUGACCGUGCUGUAAGAAAACAAAUGAAAAAGAAAUCUACUUUGGCUUCAGCCACAGUGUUGGUUGGUACAUGUCCUGACAUGUGUCCAGAGAAGGAGAGAUAUGAUCGUGAGGCCAAGAGGAGACUUCAUGUCUUUGAAAUCAUGGCUGGAACAGAAAAUUUGCCAUAUCCAAAAGCAGACCAUGCUCGAGUUGUCAAGGAAUACAGCAGAUCAUCUGCAGAUCAGGAGGAACCUCUUCUCCAUGAAUUACGACCUGCUUUGGUUCUUGUACGAACCAUGACAUACCUCUUGACUGAAAUUGCUAAUAAGGGUCAAAAUGGGAAUUGGCCUGAGUGGUAUGAUUUCCUGUGGGACAGAACCAGAGGUAUCAGAAAGGAUAUCACUCAGCAGAUGAUGUGCAAUGUUGAAGCGGUUGCAAUGAUUGAGAAAUGUGCCCGCUUCCAUAUAUUUUCUGCCGAGCGUCUCUGUGAGGAGGAGAUGUCAGCUUUUUCCCACAAAAUCAAUGAUGAAAAUCUCACCAAAUGUCUGCAGAGCCUGAAAUACCUCUAUGCAGAUAUGGAAAGGAAGAACAAGGUUUAUUUUGAGACAGAAGCAGAGUUCAGGGCCUAUGUUGUUCUAAUGAAUUUAAAUGAAGGAGACAUGUUAAGAGAAGUUCAAACUUUGCGUCUAGAUAUCUUGAGUUCUCCAGAAAUUCAGUUUGCUUUGCAAGUGUACACAGCAAUCAACAGCAACAACUACAUUAAGUUUUUCAAGCUCAUCCGGAAGGCCACGUUCUUGAAUGCUUGCAUCUUACAUCGCUACUUUGCCCAAGUUCGCAGUAAGGCACUCAUGAUUCUUAUGAGGGCACUUAGUUUGAGCUCAAGGCCUGUUCCAUUUCCACUCUGCAAAUUAGUUGAAACUUUGGGCUUUGAAUCAAUAACCCAAGCUGCUGCUUUCUGCAGACAUUAUGGAUUUAUUGUUGAAAAUAGUGAUGUUUUAUUAGACAGAGCUUCUUUUGUUGAACCAGAAACAGCCCCUGAGCCACAGAGAUCUAUCACACUUGUUGAGUCAAAAUGUAUGUGGACAAUUGGGGAGGUAAUAAAUGGUGGACCUUUGCCACCUCAUGAAUUACUUACACCCACCACAAGUUUUGAUAAAGAUGGUAACAUCAAGCCUGAAAUGAUGGCCAGAAAUGUUAAAGAAAAGAAUGAAACAGUUACUGACAAGAAAGUAAAGAGUGAAGUAGCUGUCCCUGCAGAAAUUCCUCCCCAACCCUUUGGAGUCGCACUUGAAGCUCUUAGUUCUCCUCCAUCCCAAGUGGAAUUUAAACCAGAACCUCAGACCCAAUAUGAACCACCUUCAUUCCAAGAACAAUCAUCACAAGAACAGCAUUCAUCAAUACUUGAAACCAAGCCACAAAAAGAUUUAACAGAAUUACCCAAGAUGGAAGAAUAUCAAUGUCACAUACCCAGACCAGGGCUUUCAACUGACCCUGUUCAUAUCCAGAGUGAAGUUGCUACAAUUCCAGCGACUAAAGUUCCAACAACACAGUCUUCAGCUAUGCAUGCUGCAUAUAUCAAGCAAUUAACUCUAGAUAUGAUAAAAGAACUGGCUCGUGAGAUGUUCUUGGAGGUCAUUGGUGAAUUUGCUACUUCCAUUGCAGAAGAAUCUGUGCAAAAUGUGGAAGUCCUCAAAAUAAUUGCUGAUGAAAUUUUUCAACAAACUCAAUGCACAACUGUUGAUAGUUUGCUCAGGGAACUGAGCCAACAGGUAUGCGAAGAGAUAAGCCUUGAACAACAACAAUUGCUGGAGAAGAUGAUCCAGGAGAAGAAAUUGUUUGAAGAAAAGAAAAAGGCAGAAGCAGCAGCGCUUCAGAAACAAAAAGAACAGGAAGUGAAGAGACUUGCUGAAGUGCAGAAAAGGUUAGCAGAACAACGAGAGCAAGAAGAGCGCACCAAGAGAGUUACAGAUGAAAUUGUUCAAGAGAUUCUUGAAACAUAUCUGGAAGAUGAAGUGAAACAAAUCUCUAAUGAACAGAUGGAACAAGUUGAGAAGGAGCUGAAAGAACAAACAAUUGAAGAGUGUAGUCAACAAGCAAAGACUGAUAUUCUCCAUAAAGUUAUUGAUGAAAUGUGUUCUAGUGUUUGUCAUGAAGUUUAUGCUAUGGACAUGGAAUUACGGCUGAAAAAACUCCGUCUGAAAGAACUUGAAUAUUGCAUCUGCCUGUACCGGAUGUCAAAAGUGUUGCAACAAUGGAAGAAAGCUUGCAUUAGACAAGAACAACGCAGAUAUUCUUUACAAACCUUUCCAUCAUGUCCAUCUUUGGUUCCUGUUACUGAACAAUUGAAAAAGUUGUGUGGACCCGAACAUUCUGGUAUUGUUGAUGAGACUCUUAUGUUGAACAAGAGGGCACGUCUUUCAAUAGAAUCUCCAAUCUGCAUUAGCCGCAGAGAUGCUUACUUGCCUGCUGCUCUCACAUUGUGCAGGCUACGAAGACACCUGAUGCAGCAGAAAGCUUGGUAUCCACUUGACAUCCAGGCUACUGUUGGAAAGGAAUUGCUUGCUUCAAGCAAUUGGGAAUUUUCUGAUAUGUUCAAUUCAUCAAUAAACAAAAAUGAAAGUCGACUUUACUGGAAACUUUUAAUAUCUUUUCCUGAAUUGGAUGAAGAAGCAGAUGAUGUCUAUACAUUAUCUAGUUUGGAACUUUGUGAUUGGCUAAAGUCAAAGCUGACUAAAGGAGCUUUGCCUGACUCUACUGCAGAGGAUAAAUUAGCUGUCCUCAGUCUGUACAAAUUGCAACUUAAUGAACAAGUCAAUAGCUUCUCAGCUAGAAAGAUGCUACACCUUUGUAUUCGUGGUGUCACUGGUAUACUUGACCAUGAAGAUGUUGAAUAUAUUGAAACUGAGAAGUUAUUUCUCGGUACAAGUGGUUUGCUUUAUAUUUUGCCUGUGAUGAAAAUGCCUGAGGAAAAUGAAGAUAUUGAUAAUGAAGAGGAAGAAGUAAGUAUUCAAUGGUUUCAUUUUUAUGGUGCAUUUUUUUGUUUUCUGUAA